AUGGUUGAUGAUUUUUUCAUUCAUCAUUUACCAAACACAUUCUUUCCACGAGGUCCUAGUCUUAGAAAUGUGAAUGAUGCCAAUUUGAUUCCAGCAAAUAGAAACCGUGAAGAAGGGCAUAACUUCCUGUUUAAUGAUUACAUUGCGAAAAAUCCAGUAUAUCCAGACAAGCAGUUUCGUCGAAGGUUUCGAAUGGGAAUACCUUUGUUUUGCCGUAUCAUGAACAAAGUGGUUGAAAAUGAUGUUUUCUUGCAACAAAGAAGAAAUGUUGCCGGAAAAUUAGGGUUAUCAGGAUUGCAAAAAUGCACUGCAACUAUCAGAAUUUUAACAUAUGGUUUGGCUCCGGAUGCAAUUGAUGAAUAUCUGCGAAUGGGUGAAACAACUUCAAAAAAAUCAUUAUUACAUUUCACUCAAGGGGAAUGGAAGAACUGCCCUACCGCAUGGAGAGGUCAAUACCAAGGACGCAGCCGGAAAGCGACCCUAAUUCUUGAAGCUGUUGCAGAUCAAGAUCUAUGGAUUUGGCAUUCAUUUUUUGGUAUUCCUGGUUCAUGUAAUGACCUUAAUGUUCCGCACCGUUCUCCUGUUUUUGAUGAUGUUUUGCAAGGUAAGGCACCUCCUAUAAAUUUUCUGGUGAAUGGGCAUGAAUACAACAUGGGGUACUACCUCACAGAUGGUAUUUAUCCAAAUUGGGCUACGUUCAUUCAAGGAUUUUCUCGUCCCCAACUUGAAACAGAAAAGGUUAUUUGCUGA